AUGGCUGGAGACAAGACAUACGUUGACAUCUCUCGAGCAAAGUGUGAGCAGAGAGAACGACUUAUCAGAGAUGAAUGGAAGAUUUCUCCCAAACUCAAACUCGGCCACAACGUUCUCGAGGUGCCGAAGAUCUGUGGCAUCCUUACGGAGCGCGAAAUUGCUAUUACUGGAGACAAUGAUGCCGUCGACAUCAUUGAGAAGAUUCGUUCGCAAGCAUUUACUGCAGAAGAAGUGACUCUUGCUUUCUGUAAGCGUGCUGCGAUCGCACAACAACUGACGAACUGUUUGACGGAGAUCUGCUUCGAAGACGCCAUCGAACGAGCUCGCCAGCUUGAUCAAGACCGGGUCGCCAACCCUUCGGCACCAUGGAAGCCUCUACACGGACUCCCGAUUUCUCUGAAAGAUUCGUUCAAUGUUCCAGGUCUAGACUCGACAAUCGGCAUGACCUAUUUCGCAAACAAGCCUGCUGAAGAGUACUCGGCUCUCCCAAGACUACUAUUGGAUCUUGGAGCUGUGCUCUACUGCAAGACCAAUGUACCACAGACCAUGAUGACCGCAGACUCCGAUAACAAUGUUUGGGGUCGAACACUCAACCCUUCCAACCUGAAGUUGACCGCCGGUGGUUCUUCAGGAGGUGAGGGCUCUCUUGUUGCCAUGAGAGGAAGUGUACUUGGUAUUGGUACGGACAUUGCUGGCAGUAUUCGAAUCCCAGCUAUCUGCAACGGCAUAUACAGCGCCCGUCCCAGUUCUGGUAUUGUGCCCUUUGCUGGCCAGCAAUCACCAGAGGUACCAGGUAUGCCCGGCAUCGAAGUCGUCGCAGGGCCUAUGGCAACAUCAUCGCGAGCGUGUUCGUAUUUCAUGAAGACGAUCAUGACCGCUCAGGCAUGGCGUUAUGAUUCUUCGUGCCUGCACCUUCGAUGGACAGGCGAGCAGAGCAAACGCAAGCCACGAAUCGGUGUUGUCCUUGAUGAUGGGCUCUAUACUCCUUUUCCACCAGUACGUCGCGCCAUUCGCGAAGCAGCACAGAAGCUGCGGAGCGCUGGUAUCGAUAUUGUAGAGCUGAGGCUACCCCAUGUUGCCGAAGCACUAGGUAUCACCUUUGGAAUGUUUGCACUAGAUGGCUGCAAGUUUGUCCAGAAUCUAAUCAACGAAGGUAAUGAGCCACAAGUUGAGUCUGUAAAAAGAGUCAACCUUGCUUCCAUACCUGCGAGCAGUCUGGCAGAUUACAUGCGUCUGAACGACCGCAGACAUCAGCUCCAAGACAUCUACCACAAGUUCUGGAUCGAGAAUCAGCUUGAUGCUAUCAUGCUUCCUCCAGCACCUCAGACAGCUACAAGAUUUGAUGAAUGGGGCCCAGUCAGCUACACCGCGCUGUGGAAUUUCCUCGAUUAUCCUGCUAUUAUCAUUCCGACCGGUAGAGUGAGAGAGUCGGACGUGGCGGAUGGAGAAGAUUCGGCUUUGUACGGUGAAGCGGAUCUGAACAACUAUAAGCUCUAUGAUUCGCCCGAAACGUACCAGGAUGCACCCUUGACCGUGCAAAUCGUUGGAAUGAGACAAGAGGACGAAGCUCUGGCUGGCGUUGUGGAAUUUGUGGAUAACAUACUCAAUCGCUCGUGA